UAUGCUGUUAGUCAUUCGCAGCAAAUACGUCGAGCCGACAGGAAGCAGCCAAAGGAGCGCUCAACGUUGCCAACGUUUCAAUUUGUUGUUAAGUUUUGCUUAGUUCUUCAACUCUUUGUUCCUCCCGUUCACCGUUCAUCAUUCACCGUUCAUCGUUCAUCGUUGUCCAUUCACCGUUUACCGAUCCCCGUUUCCGUUUAUCGUUUCAAUCCAGUUCUUAAAGCGCGUUCAAGUUUCAGUUUAUCAUCAUUUCGUUGAUACGCGGAACAGUGCAAUGGCCAGUGUUGCCAACCAUCAGCCGGCAGGAGCCAACCACAGCCACCACCCCCACCCCCACCCACACCAACACCCACAUACACACAGCAUACAGCUGCUGCACAAUGCAACGGCUGGCGGACUGCCUCACGGCCUGGGGCUGCUGACCACAGUGGCCUCGCUGCCGCCCAAGUAUCGCAGCCGUUAUCUGAACAUUAAAACCAAGUGUGAAAUUCCACUGGAUCUGUCUGUGAAACCGCCAUCGCCAGUGCCGUGCGGUGAUGUGCCAAUGACGACCGCACUCGCCGAGGCUCCCAGCGAGCCAACAGAGGCGGCGACUGCAGCCACCGAGGUGAUGGAGCUGGCGCAGGAGGUGGCGCACGAGGAGGUCGUCACUACAGAGAAGGCCAUGACACCGCCACAAAGUCCAGUUGCAGAUCCCGUUCCAGUUGGAAUGGCAGUGGCUUCACUCAAGCGCAAGCUGAGCGAACAAAGCGAAUGCCUGCCCGCUGCCAAAUUGGCCAAAUCUGACGUGAGUCCCGUCGCGCCCGUAGAUGCCACGCCCGCCAAGCCCAUUAAGGUCUCGGACACGGCACCGCGAACCAGUAAAGCAUCCACGUCGAGUGGCAAAUCGACGCGCAAUAAGGCAACGCGCAAGCUGAAGUUCGACGAGGAGACCAGCUCGCCCGUCUCGGGGACCAUAAUCAGGCCACUCGAGGACAUCACCGAUGGCACGAUGCAGUACAGCAACGGCGACAUCGAUCCCAAGUACAAUAUUGUCGAGAUUACCGAGGAGACCAAGGCGGAGCUGGCGGCCAUUAAGAACGUAAUUGGUGACUAUGUGUGCCGGCUGUGCCGCAUCAAGUUCGACGAUGCCUUCGGCCUGGCGCGCCAUCGCUGCGCCUGCAUCGUGCUGCUCGAGUACCGUUGCCCCGAGUGCGGCAAGCAGUUCAAUUGCCCCGCCAACCUGGCUUCGCAUCGGCGCUGGCACAAGCCCAAGAAGGAGGCGGCCGCUGCCAAAAAGGAGAACCGCAACACCAGCAACCAGGAGGAGCAGCAGCAACAGCCCAUCGCCGCCAGGAAGCCAGCCGAGUCAGCCGAGCUCGCCUUCGACUGCGCCGAGUGCGGCAAGAAGUUCAAGCGGGCCGCCUACUUGCGCAAGCAUCAGCUGACGCACGCCAAGAAGACACAGGCGCGGGCGGCUGAGCCGGACUCUGAGUCGGAGCGACAGCCGGAGGCAGCCACCACGAUAACUGGCAGCUUCCAAACGACGGUCUACAAAUCGAACAGCUCCAGCUCGGCGAGCAGCAGCUCCCACUCCUACACGGGCACGCACGAGGACGAGGGCGUCUACGUGGCUGGAGCGAGCAGCAGCCAUUACGACUACGAGGGCGAUUACUUGUCUGACUGCAGCUCCUCGACCUCCUCCGCAGGGUACGGCCGACUGCAGAUCGUGGAGCACGGCCUGACCGAGGAGGAGAGCAUUGCGGCUGCUGCCCUGACAAAUCUCCGCAACUGCGCCUCUGUCAUCCAGCACACGACGAUGGCGCACUGAGUAAGUGGGACACAGCAAGAGAGAGGGAGGGAGAGAGGGGCACACCUGGGCCCACUGGCAACUGUAUAAUUUGUUCAUAAUCCCCUAUUGUUAAGUUUAGUGUUUAAUUCGUCUCUUGUUUAGAGGGAACUGCAGCUGAAACAGACCAAAGAAAUUAGUUUUUACAUUCCGAAUUCAACUUUGAUUGAGUUUACUCUAGUUUAGUUACUAAAAGUUGUAUCUCUCAGUUUGUAGUCGUUUAGUUCUUAUCUUAUGAUGGGUUCAAUUCUAGUCAGCUCUAUACUUCAAUCGGCAUUCCACUGUUGUAUUUAGUCACUCGAACCAAAGACGGCAAUCUGUCUAGUCAGCCUAGUUUUAGUUUAAUCUUUAGAGUAUAUUUUAUUAGUAUUUAUUUGUGUGGUCAGUCCAGCAAAUCAAUUGGCACUAGUCAGUCAGCUUCAAUAAGAUCUCAUUGGAAAUGCGCAAGGCAAAAGGUUGUCAUUUCAGACCAAGCCAAGGCGCGUUUCAUCUAGUCAGUAAACCUCUAGUCAUUUAGAUAAAGUCUAGUCAGCUUUUAGUUAACAAAAGGCAAUAAACCAAACCAAAGCAUCUUGAUUUACCAGGAAUCUAAACGUUCUAGUCUAAACUCUAGUCAGCUUUCAGUUAACAAAAGGCAAUAAGACAAACCAAAGAAUCUUGAUUUACCAAUAAUCCAAACGUCAAUACUAAGCGAACCAUAGAACUAAGUAAUCCAAACUCAUCUAUCUUUGAUCACUUUCAAUUUCUAUCAAUUUCUAUAUCUAUCAUUUUCUAUCCAUCAAUUUCGGUCAAUUUCUAUAAAUUAUCAAUAUUUCUAACUAUUUUACUAAAACCAAAAUCUUCAAUUCCUUAUAUCGCAUUUUCCUUUUAACUUUACUUAACUUUGAAUUCAACUAUCUUCCUCAUUGUCAUUCAUUCCAUUUCAUUCUCUAACCAUAUUUCCAAUUCACAUCAUUCGUACAUCUAGUCAUUAAUUUUUCAUUAUCUAGUCAUUCGAUUACUUUACCUUCACGUUCAUUCAUACAUCACCAUCUAGUCACUAAUUUAGGCAUUCCUCUAGUCAACCUUUUUGGCAUCUCAUUAAUAUAAUCGCUUGCGUAUGCAGUUUUAGUUUAACUUUAGGAACAAGGCAUUUCAUUUUGUUUAUUUUUCAAUUAUUUUCUCUUUUCAAAAUUUCAAAAACCAAAAAUCGAAAUUCAGGCGAAAUUGUGCAGUACUAGUCGUAAGUCCAAGCAAACCAAAAAACCAAACAAGAAACCAAAACUCUAAACUAAGCAAUGAAAUCCAGUCUCUGAGCUGGUAACCAAAGUCGAGUGUGAACUCUAGUCAUUUUGUAGGACACUAAGAUUUGAGGCAAUAACUCAGCAUCAAUUAAGUUUAGUUUAGUUUAGUUUAGUUCACUUAGCUAGUUAGUUAUUUUGGUUAGGUUAGUUUACGUCACAAAGAAAAGAAAACAAACGGACAUUGAACCAGCGUUUCACUACCAGUAAAAGUAUUUAAAGAGUACAACUUAAGCUAUAGACAAGAAAACCCUGUACAUAUAAGACGUCUACUUGGCCAGAGGCAACAACAGAACCCGCGGUUGUGUACUUACAAGUCAACUCUUAGCUCUUAAGCAAUAUCGAAACAAAAUCCGAGCAAUAUCACAGCGCUAUUGUUCCUUAGUCUGUAGAAUGCAAUGCAAUUGGUUGUAACCACAGAGUACAACGAAAAUGGGAAAAAUUCGCUCAAUCUACAAUAUAGAUCAUAUACAUAUAUAUAUAUAUAUUUAUAUUUAUACAUAUACUAGCGAUACGUAAUAUAUCACUGAUAAGCAUAUCUAACUAUUAAGUGAGAUCUUGUGAUACUAAGUGUUAAGCCUAAAGUUUACAACGACUUGUGCUCGACGUUUUUGUCUGCGCGCAGUGCAUUUACAAUAACAAAACGAAUUGGAUUUUCUACCAUAAAUCUGACGAAUAAUAUUAUAUACAUAUAUAUAACUAUUUUUAUACGUAAUAUUUUUAUAAACUAUUUUGAGAAAUUGUACAUUUUGGAAUAAAAAACAUAUUAAAUAAAACUGAAUAAAAACGGGAAAAUUUGAGAAAAUUCUGGAAGUCAAUGCGCAGUUUAUAUGGCUAUAAAAUUGAAUAUGGGUUGCUAGGCAAUCCUGCCCUCUUUAAGGGCAACAACAACUGGUGGGUAAUCACUUUAUAAUUGUGGCGCUAGUAAACACUUCUUAUAUGAAGUCCUCACAUCCAGCUCGUGCACAUGCCUGACAAUGGGCUUUCCAUUUGACGGAGGGUUGAAUCGAGACCCCCAUGGUAACUGAAACGGGAAUUGGUUUUCUGUCUAUUCACGAUGAUGAAGGAGGCGUUUCACUAUCUUUGUGUCUUGGCAAUUUUCUCAUCAUGUUCAAUGACCAUUUUUGAUGGCUCGUAAAGUAACUGCAACUGAUGGGUAAACAAAACCGCAGCAAUAGCGCCGGCAGAGGCACAGGUAGAGGCAGAGGCAGAGGCAGAGGCAGAGGCAGAGGCAGCAACAUCAACAACGCUGCAGAUGUAAUGAAAUGCCACUAAAGGACAUUGACAUGGGCCAUCGAUCUCCACUAGGCAGCACUUAAAGCAACUAAAACAAAUAUCCAAACAAACAUA